AUGACCAAGUCUCUGGCCCUGCUCCUGUCCAGCCUCCUCCUGGCACCUGUGGCGGAGGCCCAGGCCUACGAUGCAGGAGAGAGAGGUGAAGGCGACUUCAACUGGGUGCAGCCUCCGAACACCACCAUCCUUGGGCCUUACGGCCAUUCACCUGCUGUGUACCCUUCUCCCAAUGCCACCGGCACGGGAGGCUGGGAAGAAGCCGUAGCCAAGGCUCGGGACUUUGUCUCCCAGCUCACGCUGGAGGAGAAGGCCGACAUGGUCACUGGCACGCCAGGCCCCUGUGUUGGUAACAUUGUUGCCAUCCCCCGACUCGGCUUCAAGGGCCUCUGUCUGCACGAUGGCCCCCUUGCCAUUCGCGUGGCCGACUACGCCAGCGUCUUCCAGGCUGGUGUCUCCGCGGCCGCCACAUGGGACCACGACAUCCUCUACCAGCGUGGCCUCGCCAUGGGCGAGGAGUUCAGAGCAAAGGGCGCGCACGUUGCGCUGUCCCCUGUAGCUGGCCCGCUGGGUCGCUCGGCCUAUUCCGGCCGCAACUGGGAGGGCUUCAGCCCCGACCCGUACCUGACCGGUGUCGCCAUGGAGAGGACUAUCCAGGGCAUCCAGGAUGCAGGUGUCCAGGCCACGCCCAAGCACUUUAUCGGCAACGAGCAGGAGACCAUGCGCAACCCGACGUGGUCCCCCAAUGGCACCGUCACGGAUGUCAUCCAAGAGGCGCUGUCCUCGAACAUGGACGACCGCACCAUGCACGAGCUCUACCUCUGGCCCUUUGCCAACGCCAUCCACGCCAAGGCCGCCAGCGUCAUGUGCGCCUACCAGCGUCUCAACGGGUCGUACGCCUGCGAGAACUCAAAGGCCCUCAACGGCCUGCUCAAGACGGAGCUGGGCUUCCAGGGCUACGUCAUGGCCGACUGGGGCGCCACCCACUCCGGCGUGGCCUCUAUUGAGGGCGGCUUGGACAUGAACAUGCCCGGCGGUCUUGGCCCGUACGGCACCAACUUCAAGGCCGGGUCCUUCUUUGGCGGCAACAUCACCUUGGCCGUCAACAAUGGCACCGUCCCGGUCGACCGUAUCGACGACAUGAUCAUCCGCCAGAUGGCCCCCUACUACUGGCUUGGCCAGGACGCCGAAGACUUCCCCACCGUCGACCCCUCCUCUGCUGACCUGAACACAUUCAGCCCCCGGUCCACGUGGCUCCGCGAGUUCAACCUGACCGGUCCCGGCAGCCGGGACGUCCGGGGCAACCACGCCGGUCUGAUCCGUCGUCACGGCGCGGAAGCCACUGUCCUCCUGAAGAACGAGAACAGCGCCCUCCCCCUCAAGGCCCCCAAGUCGAUUGCCGUGUUUGGCAACGACGCCGGGGACCUGACUGAGGGCUUCUACAACCAGGUCGACUAUGAGUUCGGCACCCUCAUCGCCGGUGGCGGCUCGGGCACUGGACGCGCGACAUACAUUGUCUCGCCUCUGACUGCCGUCAACGAGCGGGCCCAGCAGGACGGCAGUCUCGUCCAGCAGUGGCUCAACAACACCCUCAUCGCCUCGAGCGACAUUCGCGACCUGUGGAUCCCCGCCGUGCCGGACGUCUGCCUCGUCUUCCUCAAGACAUGGGCUCAGGAGUUUACCGACCGCAGGCACCUGAGCGUGGACUAUGACGGCGACGACGUGGUCGAGUCGGUGGCCGCGCACUGCAACAAUACCGUCGUCGUGACGCACUCGUCCGGCAUCAACACCAUGCCCUGGGCCGACCACCCCAACGUCACGGCCAUUGUGGCCGCCCACUACCCCGGCCAGGAGUCGGGCCACUCGCUCGUCGACGUCCUCUACGGCGACGUCAACCCCUCCGGCAAGCUGCCGUACACCAUCGCCCUCGACGGCGCCGACUACAACGCACCCCCCACCACGAUCAUCAACACCACGGGCGUGUACGACUGGCAGUCGUGGUUUGACGAGAAGCUCGAGAUCGACUACCGCUACUUUGACGCGCACAACAUCUCCGUCCGCUACCCGUUCGGCCACGGCCUGUCGUACACCUCGUUCGAGCUGGGCCCCAUCUCGGCCGAAUGCGUCGUCGACAGUGCCUCCGUCACGUCGCUCCCCGAGCAGCUGCCCAUCCAGCCUGGCGGCAACCCAGCGCUCUGGCAGACGCUCUACACCCUGUCGACGCCCCUGAAGAACACGGGCGGCGUCCCCGGUGCGGCUGUCGCUCAGCUGUACGUGACGUUCCCCGACUCGACACCCGAGGGCACCCCUCCUCGCCAGCUGCGUGGUUUCGACAAGCUCCUCCUCGCGCCCGGUGAGACCGGCACGGCGUCUUUUGAUCUGAUGAGGCGCGAUCUCAGCUACUGGGACGUGGACCACCAGGACUGGGUCAUCCCCGAGGGGGAGUUCACAAUCAGCGUCGGAUUCAGCAGUCGUGAUCUGAAGCAGGUCGCUGUCAUGACGCCCGUGGCUUCCAGCGAGAUGUAG